UGUGAAAUACAAUGGGGGAUGAUUUAGACAGCCGCAAGACAAACACACAAAAGGGGAAGGAGAGAGUAUAAAGACAGAAAAUGCAGCUUCUGCCUUUAGCGUUGACUUUUGCUUGAAACCUUAGUGCUGGAGAAACACAGGCAUGGCACAUGGUUUCAUUAGCUGCUCUGAGACUUGGCAAACUUGUACCCCAGGGCCCGCCCUGCCUCUUCCCACUGCCCUGGGCCCCACAGCUAACAUCAAUGGGGACCGUCCCAUCCAUAGGACAGUUGAGGCAGCUUCCAUAGAGCCUCCUCUGCCCCCGGGUUCUGGAGCCGGGCACCUCACAAAGGAUGGAACGUUCUCCUGCCUGCUCUGGAAACCGCACCAGCACCACUCCUACCGACCAGCCCAGUCAGGCAGCACCUCGGGGCCAACGCCACACGGCAGCUUCUCUCCUGCAGACCUGCCUCCCCGACACCAGGCUCCUGACCACUCUUCCCUGAGGCUCUUUGCGCACCAUAGUGUAUGUGAUGCAGAAAAUAUCCAUUUCCAAGCCACCUGUCUCUUUGGACAUGUACAAGAGCUUGUACAUGUCAGACUACAGACCGUACAGCAACUACAAACCACCCAUUGAGAAUCACUCGCAGAUUAAAAUAGCAGAAGCCCAACUAAAAGCCAAGGAGUUUUCACAGCUUUCUAAGUACCGGCCUCCAGUCAUGUGUAAGGAAUAUCCAGUCAGCCAGGGAAAAGAAAUUGCCGAAGGACUGUGCAGUCAAGCACCUGUUAGCUCAGACGAUAAACUGGAAAAGGGUCACAAAGGCGGCUCAUUUGGUCCUGAAUCAUUCCGAGAGGUCCAGGAAGAGCAGAGGAAGUAUUUUAACACCGUCCUUCCAAACGCUAACCAAUACCUUUCUAAAUGUUAUCCCCACCCGGAGCAAGCUGCAACACAGGUGGACAAAACGGAGAGAACACAACUGUCCAUCAUGCCACAAGGAGAACCUGCUGCUUCUUCACCAUUAUUUUUCCAGCCUCCUGAAGCCACAGAGCAAUGUCCAGGAACAGAAGGUCAGGAAGGGCCAGUGUCUAACAAGCGAAGACCAAGACAGACCUGGGACAACUAUCAGCAAUUUAUCCGGGAGACGUGCAGAGCUAGGCAAGCAAAAGCUCAGCAGAACAGGAGCCUGGUCUUGGGGUCGUCUGUGUUUAGGGAAGAUUGCUGCAGUUCGGAUGGAACAAGCACCUACAGCACAGAUUACAAAUACUGGUCCGGAGUCCACAAAGAGCAUUGCAAAGCACACAAGAAUUUCUCUAAAAUUGUCUUUGAAGAUGGCUCCCUUAACGAGAGCCCCUGGGUCUCAGAAUACAAGGACAGCUACAGUAUUUUCUUGCAGAAGCUGAACUGGCCAUCUCCCAGCGCCAUGUCAGCUCUGUGCUCUGCUGUAAAGCCCAUCACACAUCUGUCCCAUGGGUUGGCUUCUCACCAGCCCAUUCCAGUGAAUGCAGUCUUCUGAGCCUGGCCAUACAGACCGUGGUCUGGGAGCUAUCCAACAUGCAAACCAUGAUGACACCUGCUCAAGACCAUGGAGUCCUGGAAGACCCUUUAUAUUCCACAUUUACUAUUAUGUUCAUAGAAUAUUUUUGAAGUAAUUAACAUAGAUCUAUUUUUUAUUUACAGAUUUUUAGUAAAAGUAAACUAGAACACUGGUUUCAUUGUAUAUCAGAAAUUAUCUUUAGUACAGUGCAGUAUGUUUAGCUAAAGAAAUAUUCAGGAUGCUUCAAUUGGUUGUGUUGAGAAAUAAAAUUUGGCAAUACAAUUUAU